AUGGUCACCGACGCUUCUGUUUCAAGCAUCAAACUGAUGAACCAGGACCUUGUUAAGUUAGAUCGUUUCGAUGAAACAAAGUAUACCCGCUGGCAAGACAAAAUGACAUUUCUCCUGACCGUCCAGAAAAUUCAAUAUGUCUUGGAUCCUGAUCUGGAGGCAAUUCCAAAACCAACUGAGAAUGACACUGAUGAAGUAAAAAAGGAGAGAAAGAAACGAAAAGAAGAUGAACUGCUUUGUUGUGGACACAUCUUGAACACAUUAUCUGAUCGUCUCUAUGAUCUCUACACCAAUACUGCAUCCGCAAAGGAAAUCUGGAACGCACUCGAAUUCAAAUUCAAGGUCGAAGAAGAAGGUAUGAAAAAGUUUUUAAUAUCUAAAUACUUUGAUUUUAAGAUGUUGGAUUCCAAGCCGAUUCUUGCACAAGUACACGAGUUACAGGUUCUCGUGAAUAAAAUAAAAGCCGUGAAAAUUGACAUUCCUGAAGCAUUCCAAGUCGGUGCAAUAAUAGCAAAAUUGCCACCUUCGUGGAAAGGAUACAAAAAGAAAUUGCUGCAUAGUUCUGAGGACUUUUCUUUGGAGAAACUUCAGAAACAUCUUCGUAUCGAGGAGGAAACGAAGGAUCGAGAAAAAACUGAGUCUGUUGGAUUUGCUAAAGCAAAUGCUAUUGCCGCUAAAGGAAAGAAAAAAUAUGAUGGCAUGAAAAACCAUCUCGGCCCAAGGAAAGAACACAACAAGUUCAAAAAUUCUGGCGGACCAAAAGCGAAAUUAUGGCAAUCAAAGGCAAAGUGCAAGGAUGGUGGACAAGAAGUGCAAAUGGGAAAUGAUGGACAAGAAGUGCAAAUGGGAAAUGAAGUGCGAUCUAAAGUCGUUGGAACAGGAUCCGUCGAACUCAACUUUACUUCCGGAAAGAAAGUCACUCUUGUUAAUGUGCUUCAUGUUCCUGAUAUGAAUAGAAACCUUGUUAGUGGGGACUUAUUGGGAAAACCGGGUAUUAAAUCUGUAUAUGAAUCGGGCAAAUUAAUAUUGACCCGUAAUGGUAUAUUUGUAGGAAAAGGAUAUUCCGCUGAAGGAAUGAUCAAACUUUGUACUACCGACAAUAUUAUUAAUGAAAUUUCUAAUUCUGCUUAUAUGCUUGAAUCUAUUUCCUUAUGA